GCGGGCAGAGCGCCGCCCGCCCCGGCCCCGCCACACCGAUCCCCCCAUGGGUCCUCGGAACCGGCCCUGGUACCGGCCCUGUCACCCAGCCCCGGUGCCGACCGCCGGCGCGGCCCCUCCGCCCCCCGAGAAGCGUUUUUGUUGUCCCGUUUCCCAGGCGCCUUUCCCAUCGCCCCCCGCGCCAUGGCGGCGGCCGCCCGCGUCCGGGCCCAAGAUGGCGCCCGCGUGAGGGAGGGGGUGAUGUGUGAGCUGCUGUUUCUAAGGUGUUUAAGGGCCGCGGGUGCUUCCAAGAGCGAGGAGCGGCAGCGCUGAGGGGCAGCGCUUAAAAAACAACCAGAUCGUUCCUCUGCCGUCAUUCUCAUCGCAGCGGCCCGUCCGUGAGGCUGCGGCCCCGCCCCGCGAGGUGCGCGGGGUGGCUGAGGGGGUGGCGGGACCAUGGCGGAGGAAGGCGAGCGCUGCGACCGCGACACGGCUCCUGUGGCGGAGGCUGGAGAUGGGGCUGAGCCGGACAGCCAGGCCGGGGAAGACCCCGCGGAGAGCCCCGACGUGUACAGAUACAUUAAGGGAGACUUGUUCACCUCCGAGAUUUACAAAGUAGAGAUACAGAACCUGCCCAAGUACAUUGGGUUUAACGAUGUGAAAAAGUUCCUUGCCAAGUACGGGCUCAACCCUCACAAGAUAAAGCUCUUCGGGAAGCAGACGUUCGCCUUCGUGACGUUCAAGAGCGAGGAGGAGCGGGACAAGGCCCUGCGGGUGCUGCACGGCGCGCUCUGGAAGAGCCGCCACCUCAGCGUGCGCCUGGCCAAGCCCAAGGCUGACCCCAUCGCCAAGAAGAGGAAGCGAGAGGAGGAUUCGGAGCAGGGGGAGGCGAAGCGUCCGGCUCCCUGCGGAGAGGAGCCUCUGAGCAAGCGGAUCGCGGACGUGGUGACCCCGCUGUGGAACGUGCCCUACGAGGUGCAGCUGGCCCAGAAGAAGCAGGAGUGCGAGCAAGUGCUGCAGAAGCUGACAAAGGAAAUAGGAAAUAACAACAGAGCUUUAUUACCCUGGUUGUUCCUGCAGAAGCAGAAGUUUAAUAAAUUAUGUUGCCCAGUGGAGGGAGUGAAAGCAUCACCCUUGCAGACUGAAUAUCGCAACAAAUGUGAGUUCUUGAUUGGGAUUGGUGUAAAUCAAGAAGACAAAACUGUGGGGUGUCGUCUUGGCAAAUAUAAGGGUGGUACAUGUGCUGUAGUGGAGCCAUUUGAUACUGUUCACAUUCCUGCUAUUGCCAAAAAAGUAGUAAAAGCUUUCCAAGACUACAUAAGGUCCACUCCUUACUCGGUGUACAGCCCCGAAACCUACGAAGGGCACUGGAAGCAGCUCACGGUGCGCACCAGCCGCCGCGGCCACAUCAUGGCAAUCGCGUACUUCAACCCUCAGAAAUUGAGUAAAGAAGAGCUAGCUGACCUGAAAAUCUCUUUGGCAAAAUACUUCACAGAAGGGAUGGGAAAGAGCAGUGGUGUUACUUCGCUGUAUUUUGUGGAGGAAGGACAGAGGAAAUCUCCCAAUCUAGAAGACUUGCCUUUGGAGCACGUGGCUGGUGAUAAGUACAUAUAUGAAGAACUCCUUGGCCUAAAAUUUAGAAUUUCUCCUCAUGCAUUUUUUCAAGUGAACACACAAGCUGCAGAAGUGCUGUACACUGCCAUUGGGGAGUGGGCACAACUGAGCCAAGAGAGCACCGUGCUGGACAUCUGCUGUGGGACAGGAACCAUUGGGAUUUCUUUAGCAAAGAGAGUGAAGAAGGUCAUUGGAAUUGAGCUCUGUCAGGAAGCUGUGCAGGACGCCAAAGCAAAUGCCCAAAUUAAUGAACUGAAUAAUGUUGAAUUUUAUUGUGGGAAGGCAGAAGAUAUUGUUCCUUCCCUGAUGAAUGUUUUAGCUCCUCAGAACCUGAUCACCAUUGUAGAUCCACCACGAGCAGGGCUGCAUUCCAAAGUAAUUCUUGCCCUGAGAAGAGCUGAACAUCUGAAGAAGCUCAUCUAUGUCUCCUGCAAUCCCAGAGCUGCAAUGAAUAACUUUGUGGACCUGUGCCGGGCCCCUUCCAACAGGGUGAAAGGAGCCUCCUUCCGGCCCGUGAGAGCCAUGGCUGUGGAUCUGUUCCCUCAGACCAGGCACUGUGAGUUACUGAUCUUCUUUGAGAGGGUGGAAUACGCCAACGGCAGCUCUGCAGCAGCAGCUGCUGCCAGCGAGAGCCCAGCAGCAGCCUGUGGCACCCAGGGCAGGGAUGGCACCAGCCCAGCAGCCAGCGAGGGGAGCCAGGCAGCUGCUGCCAUGGGGACUGCAGCCCAAGAGAGGGCUCACCCCAGCUCCUGAGAGACUUUGCAGAAACUACUUUUGCUUUUUAACUGCAUCGGUAACACCCCUCCUGUAACAUCCAGGUAAUAAAUCUCUGUACAACAGAGUAAUUGCAAGGCUUCCAACUUAUUUCAUCAUCCUAAUUUGAAUUAAGUUUCAUUAUCAUCGAUUCCUAGAAGGGUUUGUGUUGGAAGGGAUCUUAAUGAACAUCUCAUAACCACGCCUUAGCCAUGAACAGGAACACCUUCCACUCAACUGGGUUGCACACAGCCCCAUCCAACCUGGUUUUGAACACUCCAGGGACACGAUGUUACAUACAAUUAGCCCAAAUCCUUUUCUCUUCCUGCCUAGACACAUACAUGUAUUCAUAUACAGACACCCCCAAUUCCCAGAGCAGGUACAGGGACCUGUACCUACAGGUACCUGUACCAGGAUCUUGCUAAGGAACCUGGACCCACCUGUCAGUACUGUAUCAUGCUCUGGCCCCUGUCAAAACUGUGCCAUGUUUUUUCAGUAUGCAAGUUAAGAUUAACCCUUUAAAAAAAUUACUUGCUAAAUCUUUAUUAGGCAGUAAUAAACUUAGUCUAAUAAAAAUGCUAUACUUGUCACAUUGAAGUCAGUCUUGCUCUCAGACUGUAGCAUCACUGACAAGACAGUAAAGGCUGUAAGUUUCCUGCACCAUACAGUAAGGCUGAGAUGACUUUGCUCAAGGCAGGCCCUCACCACUGGAAACGGCCAGUACUGAGCUGUGCCAACACCAGCAGCUUACACUGCAGUGCCAGUGAAGACAAAGCUGGCUCAGGAGCCCCAGGAGCUGCUCUCCAGUCAGCACUCGCUGCAGCCAGAGGCUCAGCAGCUGCCAUGAAUGGACUGGGAUCCACACGACAGGACAAACAGCAGCACUGCUGGAAGGAGUGACCACCUGCAAUCUCAACUUACUUCUAAUAUACAUUUAGCAUGGCCUAACAACAAGAGAAGAAUUCUACUACAGCCCAUGGCUUUGCUGAUACCACACCUUUCCAGUGUUUGGUACCUGCACCCAACACGUACCAAAGCCAGCACUGUGGGCUGUAACAUUUCCAGCCUUGCCACAGUUUAAGUAAAAAUACAAAUCCUAAUUCAAAAAAAGGUAACUUAAUUUCAUUCCAAAUGUUUAACCAUGUAAACAUUCAAUUCCUCACUAAAAAAGUGAUUGAGUAUUUCCAUGAUCAACUAGGCUGCACUGAUCUAAUUUCUCUUUCAAAAUACCUAGAGGACUUGAAGAAUAAGAGCUCCUUUCUCUAGAUAUGCUUACACUAUCAUGAUACUGAUCACACUGGCACAUUUUAUAAUAUCAAACUUUAUUGCUCGAAACUAAUUGUCUGAAAAAUACACAUGUAGUACUCAAAGACCGAACACAGAGGAUUACAUGAUUGUGCAGAAAAAAAGCAAGCAGAGGCUCAGUGAAAAUGAGGCUUUAUAGUUGUACCAAUUCAGCACUGGCACCAAGCAACUGCACCCAACACAACUCAAAACAGCAACCAUUGUUACCUGCUGGGGCAAUAAGGAUGAACUUGGUUUUGUUUUCCCAUGUUCUCAGAUACACAUUGAAAUACUGUCACUGAUAAUUUUAUUUGGUUAAUAACAGCAUGGCUUCUUGCACUUCACAUUUCUUUCUUCCCACAAAGUUAGGAGGCUAUCACUUCCUGAAUUCCAUUCCAGAACCAAAGUACAGUUUAGUGAAUUAGUAAGAUAAUCAUGAUGCUUUUAAAUACUUGGACGUUACAAAUAUUAUUUGUAUAAAGCCUAACAGCAUCACAGGAGAAUGGAAGUUUACAUACAACAGUUAAGUUUAUGCAUAAUAAUCUUUCCAAAGUUCUGAGUACCCAACUAAUUCAGUUUUGUCUAAUAAAUAUGUUCAAAAAAGCUGAUGACUGGUGUUUCAGUAGGUAGCAUCUGACUAGUCACAGUAAGUUUUCCGUCAGUACCAUGAAGAUUUGAAUGCACACGAAUUUAAUCCUUAAAGUCAAUAUACCACACUUUUGUCGAGAAGCACAUAAUAUGCAAAGCAAAAUCUGUCUAAUCCCCAAAGGAUGGAACAGUUCUUAAAAAUACACUCCAUCCCUAGAAAAAUACCCAUCUUCCCCUGGAUAUAGAAGGGAUAAAUAACAAGUAUCAGUGACAAAAGCAGCAGUUUUAUGCAUUCAUACAAUCAGAUCUAAACCUUUACAGCCGAUUACCUAGAAAACACACAAGAGUUACAAGACAAGUUUAGGAUACAUCUUGAAUCACACUGUAAGUGUUCAUGCAGAAGCUGAAGUUAAUGCAAUGGUCUAUCCUCUAUCACAGCAGCUCGUGCUUAUGUGCAAAUGCAAGACUGUUACACUCCAAACAAUAGUAAACAUUGAAACACAAGAAUACUUCACAAUGACAUAAACAGCAGUUACGUUGUUUGUUCCAGCAGUUAUUGCGCUAUUUUCUGGACAUCUCUCCAGUUAAAGGCUGCAGCAAGGUCUAAUACCAUCUUUUUACGUUUGUUUUGUUUAGAAUGCAUAAUAUACGUUCUAGGCUUUGGUUCACAAUGAAAUCUCUGGAUGUUUUAAUUAAGGGCAAUGGUCACCUUGUGAUUCUGAUAGUGGCAGACUGAGGUAAUACAGCAAUCCUCUUAAAAUUAAUGAAAACAAAUUGGGAAGUGAGGCAUCUAUGGAUAUUCUGCAGGUGACCUGCAAAUGCAUUGACAUUCUGAUUUCAGAAAAAUAAAAAGAUCUACAAGGGUGAUUUGUCUUUUACAGUGCCAUCCAAGUACAGAUUUUUCUGCUGAAAACACAAGCUGAAAUAAAAC